GUCUAAACCCAGUGUUGCUUAGAGGAGAGUGUUUUUAUUAUUUACCAUCAACAGACAGAUUGAAGUAACUAUGUCAGGAUGGACAUACAGGAAGAGAGUAAAUGUAAUGUCUCAGUCACUUAGUUUGCUUGUUGUAGUUUAAAAUAUGUAGUUUAAAAUGACUAUGGAAAACCGGUUUGCAACUAGUCAGGCUGUCGACGCGGCAACAUCACAACAGGAUCGAGCUGCAGCAGAAGGCAACAUUUUCACCGCCACGAAUGGAAGCACCAUCAGCGCACCCAUUUUUAGUAAUGUGAACAUACCCAAUGGCACUCUUAUUGUCAACACAAACUGCACACAUGCUCCAGUCGCAACAGACCAAGUUAAGGGCGUUGCUCCCAAACUCAAAGAAAACAUCCAAAAUUGCCAAGAUGAACUAAAAUCCUACCUUCAGUCAAGGACAAAGACUCUGUCUCAAGGAACAGAAGAAGAAACAUCAUCAACUUCUUUAAACAAAAUCUAUACGGAGCUUUACAUCACAGAGGGAGGCAGUGGUGAAGUCAACACCGAACAUGAGGUUAUUGAAUUGGAGUGUACAAGGUCUACAAAUGAAAGAAAAAUCGAUCUCAAUGACAUUUUCAGUGCUUUAGCAGAUGAAGAAGAGCCACCACAGAGAGUUUUGACAAAGGGAAUUGCAGGUAUUGGUAAAACAGUGGCUGUGCAGAAAUUCACUCGGGACUGGGCAGAUGGAAAAGCCAACCAGGCCUUUACGUUCGUGUUUCCCUUCACAUUUAGAGAUCUAAACUUAAUAAACGAAAAAGAGUUCACUCUCAUCGACUUAAUAUGCUACUAUUUUGAAGAGGUUGAGUGUUUGGAUGUUUCAGAUUACAAAAGCUCCAAACUUUUGUUCAUCUUUGAUGGCCUGGAUGAAAGCAAAUUUCCUCUGAACUUUGACCAAAACGAGCUGUGUCGCAAUGCUACAAGGAAAACAACAGUAGAUAUAUUACUUACAAACUUAUUCAAAGGCACACUGCUGCCCAAAUCUUCAGUUUGGAUCACAACUCGACCAGCCGCAGCCAAUAAGAUUCCUCCAAAGCACAUCAACAGAGUGACAGAGGUACGAGGUUUUAACGACGAGCAGAAGGAGGAAUACUUUCAAAAGAAAAUCAGUGACAAGACUAUUGCUCAAAAGGUCUUGGAUCAUCUUUUGUCAAAACCUCUGAGAAGUCUCUAUAUAAUGUGCCACAUUCCUAUGUUUUGCUGGAUUUCAGCCACAGCACUUCAAAGCCUCCUCGUGAAUGAGGAUCAAGCUGAGCUCCCAAAAACUCUAACAGAAAUGUACAUGCAUUUUCUGAUCAAACAGACAGAGCUGAAAAAUCAAAAAGAUUACCAUGGAGGUGAUACUGACAGAGAUAUGAUCAUGAAAUUGGGAAAACUGGCAUUUGAGCAGCUACAAAAGGGCAACAUAAUCUUUGGUGAAGAAGAUCUGAAAGAAUGCAACAUCGAUCUGAAACAAGCUGCUGUUUACUCGGGCAUUUGCACACAGAUCAUAAGAAAAGAAUCUGGUCUUCACAAAAAGGAAGUUUACUCUUUUAUACAUUUAAGCGUUCAGGAGUUCCUUGCAGCUCUGUAUGUACACAAGACCUUUGUAGAUCAGCGAAAAAAUCUUCUCAGCCCAAGAGCUGUGAUACCGGUGUCAGAGGGAGGAGAAAGUCCAAUUAUCUUUCUACACAAAAGUGCUGUGGACAUGGCUUUGAACAGUGAUCAUGGACAAUGGGAUUUGUUCUUACGGUUCCUGGUGGGUCUCUCUCAAGACAAAAAUCAGGGGCUUCUUCAGAAAAUAUUUGGAAAAAAGGACAAACUUCCACAGAGCCGUGAGGAGACAAUCGACUACAUUCACCGUAAAAUCCAGAAGACUUCAUAUACCAACAAGGGUAUUAAUCUAUUCCAUUGCUUAAAUGAGUUAGGAGACCAAUCUCUUGUGGAGCAGGUCCAAAAGUAUUACAAGUCAGGGGAUAUCAGCAAAAUUUUACCAGUCCAUUGGUCAGCUCUGGCUUUCGUGCUGCUUGUUUCCAAUGAAGACUUGUCUGUCUUCGAUCUGAGAAAGUACCAUGGAUCUGAAGCUGUUCUAGAGCGGCUGCUACCGGUGCUUAAAGUAGCAAAGAUAGCUUUGUUAAGUGAGAGUAACCUCACUGACAGGUGCUGCAGUUAUGUUUCUUCAGUUCUUACCAUGAAGUCUGUAGAACUGGAAGAGCUGGACCUAAGUGGAAAUAAUCUGAACGACUCCGGAGUGCAGCUGCUCGCUGGCAGCCUGCAGAAUGCCAACUGCAAACUUUCCAAACUCCGAUUAAAGCAGUGUGGCAUGACAACAUCAGGAUGCCGCUCUUUGGCCAGAGGAAUAACAUCGAAUCCAUCUCAUCUGAGAGAGCUGGAUCUCAGCAAAAAUAAACUUCAUGACAAUGGAAUGAUGCUGCUUUGCGAUGUUCUAGUGAAAUGCCGUUUGGAAACUUUAAGACUCUCUGGGUGUGGUCUUGAAGAGAAAGGAUGCACACAUGUGGCGUCAGCUCUCUGCUCCAAUCCAUCUUAUCUACAAAACUUGGAUCUGAGCAGGAACAGCUUCAGCACAACAUCAGUUAAUCAGCUUUCUAACUUCUUGCAGGAUCCUGACAGUAAGCUGCAACGGUUGUGGCUUUUCAAAACAAACCUACAAGCGGGUGGUGCAGCUGUUCUGGUCUCAGCUCUCAAACCCGACCACCUGAAGGAAUUAGACUUAGGAGCCAAUACAAUAGGUGAUGCUGGGGCGCAGAAACUUUCUGAACUGCUGAAGAGUCCAAACAGCAAACUCGAAGCCCUGAGACUUCAAGGUUGUCGCUUCACAGAUGAAGGCUGUGCCGUGUUGGCUUCAUCUCUGAAGACAAACCCGGCUCAUUUAAGAGAUCUAGAUCUGGGAAGAAACAUCAUGAAAAAACACGCAAUUGAAGAACUUUCCAAGUUCUUGGAAGACCAAAGCUGUCAACUGGAGAUACUGAACCUGAAAUGUUGCAUUGUAACCACAGCUGGAUGCAAGCCUCUGAUUUCAGCUGUCUGUCGUUGCCUUUCCCUCCGAGAGCUCAACCUCCAGUAUAACCUGUUCAUGGACGAGAGCCUGAAGCUGAUAUGUGAUUGGCUGAGUAGAACCGAAUGCAAAUUAGAAGUGCUGAGGUUGUCCUUUGUUAAAGAGAGCACCUGUGAGUUGCUAGCUGCGGCUCUGAGGUCAAACCCUUCACACCUGAGAGAGCUGGAGCUGAGCAACAGUCAUUCAGAAGAAUCAGAGAAGUUCCUGACUGACUUACAGAAGAAUGACAACUUCAAGCUGCAGACACUGAUUGUGACAGAUCAUAAUGUGUUCAAAGAACAAGCCCUGUUAGCGACACUGACAGAGAAAUUGAAGAAAUUAGAGAUUAUUUGACAUAACGUCCUGCUUGGCUACCGCAAAUGUUUACUUUUUCGUUUUUAUGUCCUUCAGUUUGUUUACUACCUAAAUGUUAUGUUCUUGAAUUAUGUAAAUUCACAAACACUUUAAACUUGACUAUCUAUGACAUUUGUCUUAAGAUGUGUCCCAUUUUGGAUGGGAAGACUGUUACAAUUAUAAUUUUGCAUAGGCAGAGGUAAUCUAGACUCAGUGUACAGUUCUGAGCGUUUAUAUGAUAUUACGUUUUGACAAUCUGCAGUCAAUAAUGAAUAUUUUUUUUUACAUUCUGAAGUAUUAUAAAAAUUUCUUUGAUGAGAUUUUGGUAGUGGCAUUAUGGUGGUGGGUCAGGGUGCAGCCUGGAGGAACUUGAUAGCAGCAGCAGCCUACAAGUUCAAAACAGCUAAGCAUUCAUGAAAUUUAAUCCGUAAUUAGUUUUUUUUUCUUUACGUGAUAUAGUUUGAAUUUAGUCAGUUUGGGCAACUGGUUCUGGGUGUUAUGUUACACAGGAAAUGAACUACAGUGAUUUUUUAUUCAGUGAUUUUGAUUUAAUGUGGUUAUUAGAUCAUUUGCGCACAAGAGGGCAGUGUAAUGCCAGAAACAAAGGGAGUGGUCACCUUUUCUUUAGGACCGGAAACCACAGAGUUGCUUCGGUAUCUAUGCUUUACUGACUUUUUGUAAAUUGUCAAGAGGAAUCUGAUUUUAUUUGUUCAAUUAAAUUUUCUUUAGCAUAGUGUGUGUAUAAAAUUAAAAUGGACAAAAAUUACUUUUAAAAUCUUUAAAGUAAACACUUACAGUGAUGUAUUAAGAUUAUCAUAUUUUCUUGCUGAAGGAUUUGAGUUUGCAUAAUGAAAAUCUAUCAAUGGAUAUGGAGGACAUGCAAACUCCACAACAAGAAACUGAAUCCAAACCCUUCUUGCUUCUAAAGUAAAUAAUGCUAACCACUGCUAACAGCUAGUUGGGCUGGAAAACACACAAAUGUGUUCCUGUGUUGCCCCCAUGCGACUCAUAGAAGUACUGCAAGUAACACAAUUUGUACAGUAUUUUUUUAUGAUUUUUUUAGUUUCCAAAUUUGAAUAAUAUAACUUAGUUCAUAUUGUUAUGUGGUUCAUAUGAUUUUUUUUAGACCAGUUACAUUUGAUUACAACAUAAUAGCAAGUUGUUAGCCUUUUAUUCAUGCCUUAUUUACUCUUUUACUGCUUGUUUUUCCUUCAACUGUUCUUGGUUUUCUACCUUCACACAUAUUUUUUGUAUGCUAUACUAGAAAUUUUUGUUUGUCUGUCAAGAUUAUCUUUUUAUCAAGUCAAAUUCAGCAUUAAAUGGAACUUGUCAAAUGACUCAAACGGGGCAGAAACUUGUUACUGGCAAUGUUCUUAUCUGUGGUUUAUACCGCUGACUCUUAGACAUCUUAAACCUCAUGCUACAUAAUGUGCAGCAGGAUUGAUGUAAGCAACUACCAUAACCACAAAAGUCUUUCUCUGGGGUUUUGUUCAGUUAGUGCAGCAACAUUUCUUUUGGAGUUUGGUGUUUUUCAUUUUAAUUUUUAUUUUUUUUUACCACUCUGGGGAAUUAAUGAGUCACAAUAAUCUGUAUCUGUUAGAGAUGAAACAUCUGAUGACAUUUUCUGGAAACUAUAUAACUUAUAUAUUUAUAUAUGUCACACAGCACAAAACUAGUUUGUUUGUUUGGGGGUUAUCUGUCUGUACUGUAUUGUAUUUAGGAAUAUAAGAGUACAUGGGUUUGCAUGGAAAUAUAUGCCACACUUUUUAGAUUUUGAUUAGUAACAAAGAUCUGAAAAGAUGUGCAUCUUUUUUCUCCUGUUUCAAAAUCAAUUUAAUUUAACCUGCAAGUAAAAUUUGCAGAUUAAAUAGGUAUAGGAACAUUUAACGUUGUCCAUUUCAGCUGUAUUUUAACUUGUAACUGUAAACUAUUUUGUCAACUGUUCAUUGGGAACUAAUCGCUGUACUUUGUUUAGCUUUAUUUAUUGUAUUUAUUGUUAUACAUACGGACAGAAGCUGCUAGAUUGAUGUUAAUCACCAACUUGGUUUUUCUCUGUUAGUUUAUUUAUAUACAAAGUAAUGUUUUAAUUACAAUCUUGGGAUAGUCUUUGAAUGUUAUGUGUGAGUGCAUUCUCCUUUCUUUAUUAAUAAUUUAUAUGCUUAUUGUUAUUUAUGCUAAAGGUUAGUUGUGUGAAUUAAUUAUGAAAAUGUAUGUAGUCUGUUUAUCUCAUUUUUAUG